AUGUUUAAAAAUUUAAUAAGAAUAGGAGUGAAUCUUUCAUUAUUUAAUUCAACAUAUGUUUUAUGUAAGUCAGUUAAGGAUGAGAAAUUGCCUCAUUAUCAUUUUCUUAAUGAUUAAGAUUUAAAUAAAUUAUUAAAGAAACAUCAGAACUUAUCAAUAAUUGAUAGAACAUACACUGAACAUAUAUUAUCUAUAAUAAGAGAUGUAGAGACUGAAACAGUGGUAAUGUGAUAAAUAAAGGUUAGGAAUUCCGAAAAAAUUCAGAUCGAUUAAUUAGAAUACUUAUUGAAUAAGCAAUAUCAUAAAUUGAAAAGAAAAAGCAUGUGAAAUAAUCACCAUUAGGAUAUUAUGAUGCUCAUGAAGUAAAAUUUGAAGAUGAAGAGUAAUAUGUAUAAAAUUAUUAGAAUAUGUUUUGUAAGUAUUUUAAGAUCAGGGAAUGCAUUUUUAUUUGAAGGUCUAAAAGCAGUAUCAGGAGCAUCAAUAGGAUAAAUUUUGAUAUAGAGAAAUGAAGACACAGCAUUACCAUCUUAUUUAUUUUAGAAGUUGCCAUCUAAUAUAAAAGAUUAAUAAGUGAUAUUAAUGGAUCCAAUGUUAGCUACAGGUAGUAGUGCUACAUUGGCAUUAAGAAUUUUAAAAAAUUAAGGAGUUAAAUAAGAAAAUAUAACAUUUUUAACAUUAGUGAGUUGUGAAUAGGGAAUUGAAAAAUUNUAUUAAAUGUAUUGAUAUUUAUGGUGAAAUAUCUGAAGAUGUAUGGGAAUAAUUUAUACAGGAUGUUGAAAAAACAAAAGAGGAUUAAUUUGUUUAGGCGGUUUUUGUAAAUUGCUGAAGAAAUUUGAUUGAAUCUAAAAUAAUUAAUUUAAUUUUAUUUUUAAUAAAAAGAAUAAUAAAUU